AUGGGCACUAUUGUUUGUUCUUUUUGUGGCAAGAAUGGCCACACCGAUACGGUGUGUUUCAAGAAAAAAUGGGUUUCCUACAAAACUGGGCAUACGGUUGAUGUUUGCUAUAGGAAACAUGGAUAUCCACCCGGUCACGAAUUCGACAAUGGUAAAAGUCUCCUCUCAAGAAGCCAAGAACCUACCAAUGACACUCCGGGAGACAAUUUUGACCCUGAAGUGCGCCUUACUAAGCAACAAUAUCAUGCCCUCAUGGCUCUCAUCAACCCUACUGCGGAUAAUGCCUCCAACCCUCAAAUCGGUUCCAUGAUUUUCAGUUCUCAGGACCCAGAUUCAAUAACACACCACAAGAUUGGUUUAGUUGAUCUACACGCUCGUCUGUAUGUCCUUCAUGGCCUUGCCAUCACUGUUGCUCCUUGUGUGCAUUCUGUCAGUUCACAACAAUCACUCCUUGCUGUCAACAACAACAUUUGGCACAACCGCUUAGGCCAUUUAUCUGAUAAGAGACUGGAGGUUCUUAAACAGAAAUAUCCCUGCAUUAACUAUAGAUCAGACAAUUGUAAUGCCUGCCACAUUGUAAAACAAAAGAAAUUGCCUUUUACUUCACAUAACUCUGUUGCUUUACAUGUUUUUUUAUCUUAUACAUAUAGAUAUUUGGGGUCCCUGUUCCAAUGCAUCCAUCCAUUCUCAUAGAUAUUUUUUAACAAUUGUCGAUUAUCAUACUAAAUACACAUGGGUUCAUUUAAUGCAUGACAAAUCUGAAACAAGAAAUCACAUUUUGCAUUUCAUAUCUUAUGUUAAAAAUCAGUUUCAAACCGCUAUUAAAAUCAUAAGAUAUGAUAAUGAGCCUGAAUUUGCUAUGCAUGACUACUUUAGUUCUCAAGGGAUUAUUCACCAAACCUCCUAUAAUGAAACCCCUCAAUAAAAUGGGAUUGUUGAAAGAAAACACCAACACCUUUUAAAUGCCACUAGCUCCUUGCUU